AUCUCCUCAUGCCGAGAAUUCACAAUUAAACAUGGCUGCCUCCAGUGCCAAGCAUGAAAAUGACCUACCAUGCGAUUUAUGUGACGAUUUCUUAGCAUUUCAGGAACAGCUGAAGAAGCACAGAUUGGUUGAUGAUAGAAUCAUUAACACAUUGAAUUCCUCCCUGCCUACAAUAUCCUUCCCUGCAGAUAGGACCACCAAAUGUGAAAGCUUAUAUAAAGAGCUGAGUAAGGAGUAUGAGAAAAGAGAGACAGCAAUUAAAUCCUGUGUCGCUCUAUUGUCCAAAAAAGUAGAAAUACUACGAAAGGAACGGGAAAACAAUAUGGAUGACUAUGAACUAACGAAGAAUUUACGUAAAGAACAAACUAAGUUAAGAUUAAUGCAGCAAGAGCUAUGUGUAGAAGAAGUAGUCAAAGACACAAGUUUAAAGGCUUUCCAAGAGCGAUGCAGACAAUACUACAAACCUCCAAUAUCUCCACCAGUCUGACAAAGUAGAGUUUCUAUAGUCAAGUCUAAAUGAACAUCAAAUACUAAAGUGUAAUUCAGUGGACCAUGCACAAAGGGAAAUAACUCAGUCUUUUUGCCGUUCUUGAUUGCAGUUACACAGAGGUUGUUUUAAGCCAACGGCAACUUUUAUAGAAUUAAUCUUGUGUUGAAUGAUUGACAGAUGAAAUAAUGAGACAUAAUAUAGAUGGAAUUUGUUUAUUUCUGACCAAUAAAUCUAAUGUUUUAUUA